GUCCGCACGCUCCGCGCUCCCCAACCAGAGCUCGCCAGAGCGCAGCCGCGGCCGCCGCGGAGCAGGCUCGCGGGUUCCCGGAUGUGCGGAGCUAGCGGAAGCCCCGCCCCCGCCGCCGGCUCCCCGCGCGUCCCCGCCCAACGCUCCGCGCGCCGCCGCGCUCCGUUUUUCCCCUCCCUCUCCCGCCCGUCCUCCCCCUUUUUCGUGCCUUGAGGUUGCGGGUCAGCGCGAGCCACUGCAGUGAGUCCGUCACGGCUCCGGCGCGAGCGGGAGGCUGCAGCUCAGCAGCCGCUGGGCCCCUUGGCUUUCUCCCGUCUGCCUCUCUCCUUGGCGCUGUCUCUCCCUCCCGCUCUCUCGGUGUCUCUGAAUCUCGACCUUAAUUUCUCGUCUCAACCCCCCUCGCCGGCUCCCGUGCGCGCAGCCAGCCGGCCGGCGCGGGCCCCGCGGCGCCGCCUCCCCUCCCCCAGCCCGGACCCCCCUCUCUCGCGGCCGUCCCGAGGGCCGCGGCCGCCGCUUCCUGCGAGAACCAGCGUGAGCGCCGACACUCCUCCGCCCGAGCGAGCCGCCGACCGCCCAGCAAAAUGGGAAAUGAGGCAAGUUAUCCCUUGGAAAUGUGCUCACACUUUGAUGCUGAUGAAAUUAAAAGGCUAGGAAAAAGAUUUAAGAAGCUUGAUUUGGACAAUUCUGGUUCUUUGAGUGUGGAAGAGUUCAUGUCCCUACCUGAAUUACAACAGAAUCCUUUAGUACAGCGAGUAAUAGACAUAUUCGACACAGAUGGGAAUGGAGAAGUAGACUUUAAAGAAUUCAUUGAGGGUGUCUCUCAGUUCAGUGUCAAAGGAGAUAAGGAACAGAAGUUGAGGUUUGCUUUUCGUAUCUAUGACAUGGAUAAAGAUGGCUAUAUUUCCAACGGGGAACUCUUCCAGGUGCUGAAGAUGAUGGUGGGAAACAACCUGAAAGAUACACAGUUACAGCAAAUUGUAGACAAAACCAUAAUAAAUGCAGAUAAGGAUGGUGAUGGAAGAAUAUCCUUUGAAGAAUUCUGUGCUGUCGUAGGAGGCCUAGAUAUCCACAAAAAGAUGGUGGUAGAUGUGUGACUCUUUUUUAAGAGUAUCACCCAACACUUUUGCUUUCUUCUCCAUCUCUGAAGAUCUGCUCAAGACGUCCAGCAAUGCUCUCUGUGUAUUUAAAUGGAAGUAUUUUUCUCUGUGAAGCCACAUUUUCCAACAUGAGCCUCAUGAAGCCAACUAAGUGUUAUUGAACUUUUAUUCUCUCAAUAACUCAGUGUAGCACUUUAAAGUCUGAAGGACAGCAACAUGAAAAGAGCAUAUCAAUGUGGUGAAGAAAGGGAAGGAGUUGGCUUUUUAAUUUAUUUUUCUUCAUCUUUUAUAACAAGAAAGUAUCUAUAUAUACAUAUGUAAAUAUUUAUAUAUAGAUAUAUGUAGCUUUCUAUAUGUGUAGUAGGUUGGCUUUAAUUUAAUAUACUUGAUUCAGAAACAAAAUGAUAGAGUACAAAAGUGCCAAGCAGAACAUAAAACAUCCUUACUUUUAUUUCACACAGUUUUAUAUAUAGAUAGAAGAUUGUACCAUUUGAGCCGGAUAUCAGGCCAGCUGUUUCCCCUCUCUUGUGCUUUCUCCUUUGAGAGAUUGACAAAGCAUUUGUUAAUGUCCUCUUAUUUACCUUAAUUACAUUUUUUGUAACAAAGGAGUUUGUAACUUUAUUUAUACCUAUAAAUAUAUUUCCAGGGACUAAGUCUCAUUGCUGAGCAGCUUUUAAUACUCUGCUUGAGAAGAAAGUAUAGUUCAGUGCUACUGCCAAGAGCUCAUUCUUGUGUUCAUAUAGUUACUGCAAAAAAAAAAAAAAAAUUAUGGCUACUUCAUUCUGUUAUUUCACAACUAGGAACUAUUGAGGAUCCCAAAUGAAUGUAAAUUAUCACUUGUGAUUUUUCUAAAGGCUAGAAGUUAAAGCAAUGAUUUAAGUUAGACAUUACUUAAAACAUGAAUCAAUCAUGUAACUGCUUAGAAUAUCCGUUUAUUUGUUUUAUUAUGUGGGUAAAUAAUGUCAUCAAGCUUGUGUGAACCAUGCAUUUUCCUUCUGUAUUUUCUCAAGAUUUGCAGCAAAUCUAAAAAACUGGUGAUAAUUAAUGUGCAUGCGUGUUUUUAAACACCCACAUAUAUUUGUGAUUUAAAUGGAAGAAAUCUUAACUAGUCUAUAUGCCACAGAAGAGCAAAAUUUUAUCCAGUUUUUACCUCUUAAAUUUCCUUACGAUAAGGCGUAGAGUGCAUGAUGGUUUUCUUCUUGAUUUGCCCGUAUUUUUUGUAAUGGAAGUUUGUGUGAUAUAAAAGUAGAGUAUCAUUUCCCACCACUUGAUAUCCCUUCCCUUUUCUGCAAAGGUACUACUGGCUAGAAGAAAACAUUUUGGUUAGCUUUCUAGGACAGUAGUCUUUCCCUACAGAUUUUUUCUAUUAAAACUGGUUUUAUAAUCAUGAAUGGAAAAGGGCAGGUUGAAUCAAGGUAAAUAAGUCUUCAGUUGGGUACCUGCCUGUCAUGGCUGUUCCUUCAACUGAGUGCUGCACAUCAUGGGCUCUGUCUGUGAGAGAAAAAUCCCGGUGCUUGGUGUCCUUGCAUGACAUGGAGUUUUGCAUGUAGAUCGAUUUCAAAUGUACCUCUUGUUUACAUAAUUUGCAUAAUUUUAAAAGAUAAUGUUGCCAAACUUUGGAAAUGUUAAUGUUCAAACUGAAAAUCUCCACUACAUGUUAACUUUCUUCCUCUGGAUCAGUACGUGGCUUAUAAUCCCAGCCAGUGGUUUGAUCUGUUCCAGUGUCAACUGCCAUGUGCUCUGCUUCAAGGGGGAACUAGUCUUUUGUGAAUUUUUUGUACAUAAGUAUUUGUUACAAAUAUUUUAGCAAAUGCUUUCUAUUUCUCUUGCUUGUGCAUAUCUUGGCUGGCGUUACAGAAAAAUAGUGCAAACAUUAUUUCCUUACCGGGGAAUGAGGGUUUCUCUCUCUUUUUUUUCUCCCCGCCUCCUUUUUUUUCUCCCCCCCCCUUUUUUUUUUAGUGUGUGUAGGAGGGGAGGGGAGGGUGGUUUAUGUUGAAUGUUUAGUUUUUUCUUCUGCAUGAAACAUCAUGUUGUGGGAUCUUUAGAAACUUCAUACUGUAUGAGUAAUAAAAUAAAAUAUUUGAAACUUG